AGCAGGAUGAAGGUCCCCGCUGCUCUUGCAGGCUGGGCUUGUGUCACCCUCUGCCUGGCUUCCUGCUCAUCUGCCUUUUCCCAUGGUGCCAGUGCGGUGGCCUGUGAGGACAUGCAGCCCAGACAUGUGGGAGCCCAGCCCCAGCGCCCCAGCACCCACCACAUUUCCAUCCACGCCAGCAGGUCUUCCUACUCACCAGGGGACCAGAUUCCAGUGACGGUGAGAAGCAGCCGAGAUUUCAUGGGCUUUCUGCUUCAGGCUCGGAGCGCGUCUGAGCAUCAGACAGCUGGCACUUUUGUCUUCAUUCCCCCUCACUCCAGACUGAUGACGUGUCUUGAAGAAGCCGACACCGUCACCCACGCGGACAAGUCUCCGAAAAGAAACCUCUCGUUCGUAUGGAAGGCCCCUGCCCUGCCUGUGGGGGACAUCAGGUUCCUAUUAUCAGUAGUCCAGUCGUAUUUCGUUUACUGGGCAAGGAUUGAAUCGCCCAUUGUAUCACAAGAGACACACACCAGCGCCUACUUGGAUGACCUCAGCAGCUUAGAGCCUGGGUCACUGGUGCCAGCCCUUGGGCAGAGGCGGGGCUAUCAUGAGGAAACCACCCCAGGAGCUGUGGAGGAGAACAGCCUACAUCUUGCUCCUACCAGUCCUGUGGUGAUGAAGUUGCUUGCGGAUGCCCAGACUCUGACCCCAAAUCCUUUGCACACAGCUACUGCAACCAGCAUCAGCCAGGGGCCCAGUGGGGACAGAAACCCAACCCUAGAACCAUCACUGGAUAUCCAUAGGCUGGAAAGGCUUGUGGCACUCAGGACUCAAGGUGACAAAAACUUUAAUUCAUUGGAAACUUGCCUGUCUUUGGGUACAGAUGAACAGGACAAGGUGGUGGCCUCUAAUAGGACCCUGAUGAUGCCUUCUUUGCACACUGUGCAUCUUACCAAUCCCCAGCAUCACUGGUCCUCCGAGGCAUUCAGAGGUCAUGGGACUGGGGCAGCCAACCCAACUCCUGAGUUCCACAUCUCUAGCAUUUCCAGGCUAUCUGCCACUGAUGGCCAUGAAGAGGAGCCAAGGCCUUCUGCCAGCUUCCUACCCAAGCCGAAACUCCAGGAGGCCAGAGUGGGCAAGGGGACUGGAGGAGCUGGCAUGGGACACCCUAGCAAGCCCAACCCAAGGCUUGAAGUUGGGCUAGAGGAAGACAGUGCCCCUUUGGGGAUCCAGUUCACAACUCCUAGACUGGGGCUUCUGCUAAGCCUGUCAGCAACUCUGGGCAUAGCCCUGGCUGCUGGCCUUUGCUACCUGUACACUCAUUAUUGCCACAAACAGAGAAAAGUGUCCUUCAGUGAGCCUGCUGCAGGCGCUAUUGUCAGGAGUGACAGUGGGGAGACUGUGCAUGUCCAGAGAAUUGGGGAAAACAGUUUUGUCCUGGUUCAAGCGGAAUACAACUGGAUCACCCCUUCUGUGGGUAGCAAAAAAAAGAGUCCUCUGAGAAGACCCUCAUGCCAUGCCCCUCAGUAGCCUCCUUAGGUCCCAUGGAGUGUCUCAGUCAAAACAAGCUAAUGAAAAUUCCUGAUGAGGACAGAGACUCCCCGGGCCUCCUGUCAGCAUUCAGUUAGGGGAGGAAGUAGCGAAAGGACAGGUUUAUCAACAAAGGGAGUUCUUCCCGAGCUUUGUUGUCUUAACAUCUGUAAUUUGGCUUCUUUUUUUUUCUUUUUGCAAUUAGAUGUUCUGUUUGAAGAGUUAAAUUCAACACAAUGAAUAUUAUAUAACCCUCUCAUUAACUAGACUCUUGUGGCCUAAGCUUCCUCUGUUGCCUUAAGGAACCCACUGAAAUAGAAAGUCUGUCCCUCCUCAGCGUCUCAGCCUCAUCUCUUCUAACUCUUUGAAAAAAAAAAAGUCUGGUUUGUGGUUCUUGUAAGAAAAAAGAACUGAAGCCUUUACCCCUGUCUCUCCAAACCACCCUAAAAGAAGUUUUCCUUUCAACUGGAGUUUGGAAACCAGUUGGAUCUCUGACUCAAUACAUUAGGUGAAUGCAAAGGUAUUCAGUCUUUUUGGAAAGGUGGUCUAGAAAAUCUGUCAUGGAAAUGGAUCCAAAGCAAGGUCAGUUUUAGAGAGCUGGCUGGAACACAUCUUUGGGAAAACAUACAUGCAGCACAAGGCCAUAAGCCCCAAAGUGGGACAAGCAACUUCUCCAUUAGGUGUAAAUGGAUCUGGGGCCUCCCGUCCAUUUACACUUUGGUGGGAAGACUUGUAUUUCCCAACAGCGAGAAGGCACAUUGCCUUUUGCCAAAGGUCAGGCUUAAAAUAUUUUACCAGCAAAGUUGGAAGAGCCUUUACUUAUCUUCUCAAGAAAUGUCAGGAAGAAAGCAACAUGAAGACUAUCUGUUCUCAUAUCUUUACAAAGAUCACUUUGAUUUAGCAAAUGUUCCACAAUGGUGCUGGACCGAGAGGCUUGAAUAUGACUGUUAAAUAUGUCCACCUAAAAUAACACAUUGGAAUUAGUGAACUUUCCAGCGGUUAGAACCACCAUCCCUUUUCAAGUAGAAACAGAAAUUGCCACAUUUGGAAAUGCUAUUCAUUUACUUUGUAUAUAACUCAUAGAAGUAGGAUGCUAGAAAUUUUGCAUAGAGUUUCACAUUUAACCUUCACAAGAACACAAUAAUGAGGAAUGAGCUCAUUGAUUUUUCAAGAAGAGCAAGGAAUUUGUGACUCCUCUUACAACAACAAAAAUUUUUUUUAAAUUAGUUGUGUGGAAAAGACACAGUGUGUGGUCGUGUUUUUCUAGCUUACUUUAACCUUAAGGCUCCUGCCUCUUGGAUCCUGGACCAGUGUGCCAGUUAAUCUUCAUUGUCAGUUUAGAUGGAUUAAGAGAUUCCUGCAGAGGUGACUGGAUUGAGAACACUGACCUCAUCAGUGGAUUUACCCACCCAAGAGUUUAUAGCUGAAUGGGCUCUUCAGAGGUGAAGUGGUGGUUGAAGGAAGUGGGUCAUUAGAGGCAUGACCUUGGGUACUAUAUCUGGUCUCUGACCCCUUCCUUUCUGGCUCUUUCCAACCCAUUCUGAUUCUCAUAUUCCAUGAGAGGAGCAGCUUUCCUCUUCCAUGCCCCUUCUGCUAUAGUGUCUCUGCCUUGAAGCCUACCAGCCAUGGACUAAACCCCUGAAACUGUGAACCUUAAUAAACCUCU